AUCUAUCUGACCACUCCCGACAUUUGUGCUUACUACAUGUACAUUUUCAUUUCUCAACAUCAAUCAAAUAUAUAUAUGUAUCAUCAAAUAUAGUGCCCCAGGAACACCACAAACAAACCCUUUUCUGUUUUGAUCCAUUUCUACCUACAAUUAGAUUCAAAAUUAACUAGUUACAUCCAAUUACCAUUUGCACUAGGACUCUUGAGUGCACAACUGCACAUGCACAUAUAUUUCCUCUUCUUUGGUAAAUUUGCACAACUAUACUCAUGAUGAACAGUUUUGACCCCCAAAGAUGGCAACAAGAUCAUAGAAGACAGAAAAAUAUCAUAGGUGCAUCAUCUUCAACUAGUUCUUCAUCUUUGGCUAAUUUCUAUGCCAGUAAUAAUAAAAAAACCAAGUACAACAAACUUCAAACACUCUCACAUGGGCUUGAGCUGGAUGAUGAUCUUGUCUCUAGUAGUGUAGUUCCUGCUGUGACAGUUGUGUUGGAGGGCCGUUCGAUCUGCCAACGCAUCAGCCUUCACAACCACGGUAGCUACCAAAGUCUGGCCAAGGCUCUCCGCCAGAUGUUUGUCGAUUGCACGGAUGACUGCGACGCCGGUGAUCAUCAUCUUGAUCUUUCUAAUGCCAUUCCUGGUCAUGUUAUUGCCUAUGAAGACAUGGAGAAUGAUCUUCUUCUUGCUGGUGAUCUUACCUGGAAAGAUUUUGUACGUGUGGCAAAGAGAAUUCGGAUACUUCCAGCGAAGGGGAACUCAAGGAAAGGUACAAGAAGUACAGGAGAGGCAUAAGCUUAUCUACCACAUCAAAAACAUGAAAGAUGGUUAAUCGUUUUGGGAUUGUUAAUUUAAUUUGUACUUUCAGGAAAAGUAUGAAGUAAAUUAAAAUAAUUUGGCUAUAUAAAGAUGGUCAGUAAUAAGAUCGGUGUACUAAUAUAACGCCAGCAAGAAAUGCUGGUUGAUUAUGAGUAAGUUAAUUAAUCCAAUUGAAAUUACAUGUAAGUAAAGUUGUGCUUUAAUUUGUAUGAAUAAAAGGGAUAUUGAUUCUGAAAAA